AGAGCAAUAACUUGGAGACUUGGGCCCACAUAUUUAGAUCCAUAAUUUCCGAAGGCCGUCCUUUUUACCCUUGCUGUUGGAGACAUUCUAAGUAUUGUCGAAGACAAUCCAUUUCCAUCCACAAGAUGCUACUCUUUUUAGACUUUCUUACCGAAAAAGACCUGUUCACCGAUUGUGAUUAUAUUAAAGUCAGUGACUACUUCUUUGAGAUCCAAGGAAAGAUUGUUUCGGAAAAACAAGGAAUUGAUGAAAACUUGAUUGGUGGCAACAAGUCUGCCGAGGAUGCAUGCGAUGAUGUUGAAGAUGGCUGUACGACUGGUUGCAAUGUUGUUAUGGCUAACAGGCUAGUAGAGAUCCCAUAUAAAACCUUCAAGGAGCUUUUGGCUGAGUUCAAGCCGUACAUUAAGAAAGUAAAAGAACACAUGAAAGAAGAAGGUUGCCCGGAUGAGGAAGUCAAAGGGUUUGAGAAAGCUGCCAUGGAUUAUAUCUUGUCGAUUAAAAAGAAUUUUAAAGAGUACCAGUUCUUCCAACCAGAUUGUGACCUUGGUGGUGGUGCACAUUGUAUAGUCUUCAUGUGGUAUCCAGAAAAGGACCUCAGGGGAGUUGAUCAAGAUGGAUUCUCUCCAGUCCUUACUGUCUUCAAGCAUGCAGUUAAACAAGUGAAAGUGUAAAUUGAUGCCUACACCAUCUGCAUUAAAUGGAUUUUAGUCUUCAAUUGAAUCUUUUACAGCUAAUAAUGACGUCGCCCCAAACAAGGAAUUGCUGAGAGUUGUAGUUGCUCAUUGACCUGGCCAUACCAAAUUAAUAAAUAUUACCUGACUUGUG